UGGCAUUCGUCUCGUGCUGCGACAGCUUUGAUACAGAAAGUUUGGGGACAUAUUUGAGUUCUCCCGACGGCGUGUUUCUAAUAGUGGGUUGUAGUUGUACCUAAGGCUUAAUUUGGCACCAUUUUGGCAACUCCGUCAUAGUUUCAAAAACAGCGCGUCGGCGCUGGAUGCGUCAGAACCCGAGUGACCGCAAGGAAGAGCUCAGCUUUCCAUCCGCUGUGGACUGUGGUAGACCUGGGUUUGAGUGGGUGGUCGUUGAUUCGCUAACACUAGAGUUGCGUCCACGUUACAUGUGCAGCAUGUGCUCUUUGUUGGUGUAGUAUAUACAGUGCUUUGUUUAGUGCUAAUUGUGUCUUUAUUGCUUUAAGAUGCGUUAGCAUGGUUGAAGUCUAAAACGUGUUCGAACUCUAAAUUUAUAUAUAGUAGUUGGUAUUCAGACAGUUUGGACACUUCUGGAUAAACGUAACCAAACACCACAGUGAGUCCCAAACCAACAUGCCAGUUAGACGUUUUGGUGGUCACAGGUCUUUGGUCUCUCAGUCUCAUCCCCCAAAACUGUCUUAUGGUUACACGAAAAUGAACAUUUCCAGAGGUGGUUACCGUGUUUUUUCAGCCAACUCCAGCACCGCCUGCAUCGAGCUGGCCAAGAAGAUAACAGAACGUUUGGGGGUGGAGUUGGGCAAAUCAGUGGUUUAUCAAGAGUCAAAUUCAGAGACUAGAGUGGAUGUGAAGGAAUCUGUCCGUGGACAAGACAUCUUUAUCAUUCAGACCAUUCCCAGAGAUGUCAACACAGCUGUUAUGGAGCUGCUGGUUAUGGCUUACGCCCUGAAGACGUCCUGUGCCAAGAACAUCAUCGGGGUCAUUCCCUACUUUCCUUACAGCAAGCAGUGCAAGAUGAGGAAGCGAGGAUCCAUUGUCUGCAAGCUGCUAGCAUCCAUGUUAGCCAAAGCUGGGCUAACUCACAUCAUCACUAUGGAUCUUCAUCAGAAAGAAAUCCAAGGCUUUUUUAAUUUCCCUGUUGAUAACCUGAGAGCUUCCCCCUUCCUCAUCCAGUACAUUCAGGAGGAGAUCCCAAACUACAGGAAUGCUGUAAUUGUUGCAAAGUCCCCUUCGGCUGCCAAGAGAGCUCAGUCCUAUGCUGAGAGGCUGCGGCUUGGACUGGCAGUGAUACACGGGGAGGCCCACCAUUCAGAGUCUGAUAUGGCUGAUGGUCGACAUUCUCCCCCUUUGUCUCGUGCUAUCACAGGGCACACUGGCCUGGAGCUGCCAUCAAGCAGCAGACAUAUCCCAUUCCCUGGGAUAGAGCUCCCAAUGAUGAUGCCAAAGGAGAAGCCCCCCAUCACUGUUGUCGGAGAUGUAGGAGGCCGAAUUGCCAUCAUUGUUGAUGACAUUAUAGAUGAUGUGGAAGACUUUGUUGCAGCGGCAGAAAUCUUGAAGGAGAGGGGAGCCUACAAGAUCUACGUCAUGGCUACACAUGGCUUGCUGUCAGCAGAAGCACCAAGACUACUAGAAGAAUCUGCCGUUGAUGAGGUGGUGGUGACCAACACUGUUCCCCAUGAGAUCCAGAAGCUCCAGUGUCCAAAAAUCAAAACUGUGGAUGUCAGUAUGAUCUUGGCUGAGGCAAUCAGACGCAUCCACAACGGAGAAUCCAUGGCCUAUCUGUUCCGCAACAUUGCAAUGGAUGACUGAGGCAACACACACGCACAUUUAAAUUCCAUCGUUAACAAGCACAUACACCGAGGACCAAGAAUCCAAUUUACUUAAGCUUCGGCUGUAAGCUGUUACAGUUUGUUUUCCUGAUAGUCCUUAGAGAAUAACUGACUCUGUUUACUGUAUGCUGCAAGUGAAACUCAAGCUUUGCUUUAUUUCUCUUAUCUGAUACACAGAAGGACUGUACACACUACUCUGGUUUCACUUCACUAAUAUGUCCUUCAAACAGUGAAAACAUAAAUGUCACAAAUGAUGUAUCAUGUGGAGCCUCUAGGUACGCUGUUGCAUUUGGCAAAUAAAGCUGUUCUUCAUUGGUUAGUGAA